AUGGGUAUCGAUUUGGUCGCCGGUGGAAAGAGCAAGAAGACAAAGCGCACAGCGCCCAAGUCCGAUGAUAUCUACCUCAAGCUCCUCGUGAAGCUGUAUCGGUUUCUUGUAAGGAGGACUGGGAGUAAGUUCAGUGCGGUGAUUUUGAAGAGGCUGUUCAUGAGCAAGGUGAACAAGGCCCCUCUCUCCCUUUCCAGAUUGAUUCGUUACAUGAACGGGAAGGAUGGUAAGAUCGCUGUGGUCGUCGGGACUGUGACAGACGACAUUCGAGUUUAUGAAGUACCUGCUCUGAAAGUGACCGCUCUGAGGUUCACUGAAACCGCCAGAGCUCGGAUUGAGAAGGCUGGUGGAGAGUGCUUGACUUUUGACCAGCUGGCUCUCAGGGCCCCUCUUGGCCAGAACACGGUUCUUCUCAGAGGACCAAAGAAUGCUCGUGAAGCUGUGAAGCACUUUGGACCUGCUCCUGGUGUGCCUCACAGUCACACCAAACCCUAUGUACGAUCAAAGGGUAGGAAAUUUGAGAAGGCUAGAGGCAAAAGGAACAGCAAGGGUUUCCGUGUUUAA